UCGCCCGGGAUGUUGGUUAUCAGGUCGUUCCAAACAACCAACGGACCAUGAAGAUAAUGUCUGUGAAGGCCAUUGAUACAUCGCAAGUGAAUCAAAUAUGCAGCAGAUUCAAUGAUGAUAUAGACGGGUUCUGGAAGGCCUCCGGUGACGUUCACCACACAGAACUGCUGCGAAGGCUUGCCUGUGUGUCAAUAUUCCUGAGAUCUAAAUUGGAUCCCCAAGAUGCUCAAGUCUGGGCUUCACCCCAUAUCUCAAGUGCCAUAAAAGGAUCAAGGACUUCAGAACUACGCUAUGCUGGAAAGAAAUACAUCAAAAUAGCUCGUAAACUCGGCGGCAUCGGUUCCCUAUUCUGGCUUCCAUUGGAUAUACCUUCUUCAACAUAUGAGAGAUACCUCAAUAUGGACGACGAAGAAGCUUUUAGUCAUCUGCAUUCAGUUGGAUUACAUGCUCCAGACUACAAUGACUUCGUCCAGCGCCUGGUCUCCACGCUACUCAAUGAUCCCGUAAUAAAACUCUCAUACUUCAAUCUCCUUGUUGAGUUUGGGGACAUUCUUCCACGCUCAGAUCAGCUAUUAUUGCUCAUUUUCGCCCUCGGCGGCUCUGACAUUCCCGUUGCACUACUGCAGAGUGUACGAGGUUCUCAAAGGCGAUGGACACAGGAGGGCGAAAUAAAAACAACCACAGCUACUGAAUUUGGGCUCCCUUCAGAGCUAGUGCAGUUUAUGUCUGACGACAAUUGCCUCGCUCAAGCUGGUGCCCGCCCGGAAAUUACAAAACACGAGCUGGAAGAUGGAACCCCCACUUGGUCAAUCCGGCCGGAAGUAAUGACACCAUUCCCCGACACUCUAUCUCCUCAGACAAAAGAAGACUUGGCAUCCAUGGCGCUGAGAUUGAUUUGUUUUGCCUGUCCGCCCUGUUUUGAAGGCAAUACUACUUGGUCACCGCAGCUGAAAAAGGCAAUUUGGGUCCUACUCGAUAAAGCAACGAAACACAUGCGAGUGUCUUUAUCUUUAAGAACACACGCUAUUGAGGCACUUCUCUUCUUCGUGGAGAGAGAUUUCUUCACGAUCCGCCAAGUUGCAGUUGAGCGCGCGAGGAUGUUGCUACGCAAAUCAAUGCCCUAUUACUUGCAUGCCUCAUUGGCGCUUUUCGAAAGCAUCAUCUACCGUAUGGAUGGAGGACUAGACAAAUCCGAUGCCAAGAUCCGCGGUUUCCUCAGUCAAAGUCCACACCCUACCUCCCACUAUGACAGUGCUCUGAGAGGAAGACUUCACAUCUCUCAUAUCGAGAACAAGGUCCAGCGAUACGACAGCGAUGUGGCCUCGUGUAUGUAUGAGUGGGAAGGGAUACAGCCACUAUCGUCAUUCGAAAUAGAGGUGACUCGCAGGCUUCAGGGAACGGCAGCAAAGUUCUUUCAGUCAAUAGGUGACUUUCCAGCCGCCCAGGCAUCUUUGGAGCAGCACCUGUGGCUAAACUCCACAACGCCUAUACGGCUCAACACUCGCUUUCUGAUUACUUCUAAACUAGCAGAGAUAUACUGCGAGAUGAAUGAAUAUGGAAAAGCAGUGGAUAUCCUCCAGCUAGAGCUCGAGGGAAUGGCAGAGACUCACAAGAAGGGUCGUCCCUUCAGACGUCUGUCCCUAGCCUUCGUGGAGGCAAGUAUUGGCCAGGGGCAACUGGACGCUGCGGAAGCAACACUGCAGCGACUUGCUGAUAUUGAACCACCGGAACUGGACGAUGUCAAUGACCAGCUGCUCCAUAUGCGUAGGUUAAUAGACGCCGCCCGCACUGUUCACGAGCGACUGGACUUUGAAGAAGCGCUGCGGAUGUGGAGGUAUACUUUGCAACGGAUGGAGCAUCUCCCGAUUUUCAGGGCGAAGCACAGAUGGACAGCGGUUGUCAUUCAUUUGUCCAUAGCCCACGCUCAGCUAACUCUGGGCGAUGAAGAAGGCGGCAAGCAGUCGUGGGCCACUGCGGUAGAAAUGUCGAGGAAUGAACGGUGUGAGUAUGUAAUUCCGGGGCUGGCGACUUUGUGGCUGCAGAAGAUUGUCAGCGCGAUUCAUGAGAAGCAAGGGUGGCCGUUCCGCAUGAUGUUGCCUGGCGGGAAGCCUGAUAUUACCUGGGUGUAAGAAAGCGAUUACUGCUACUUGGAAAUAAUGACCUAGUUCACAUACAAAGCAUUUGACAUCUAGCGAAGGCAGAUAUGCG